AUGGCCGUCUCGGAGACCGGCGCCACCGGCCUCUACGGUGGUGCAGUCGCGAGCGGUGCUUUGCAUACCUGGACAGUGUACGAGAUCACGGUGGUUGGUGGCAAUAUCUUCAAGUUGCUGCCCGGCGGUAAGUACGACGGGACGAAGCCUCUGCCCUCCGCGUAUCCAACGGACCAGCAGCUGGCCAUAGCGAAUCCCCGUCGUUGGCGGUGGGUCGAGUUCCAGCAAGAUUCAGACGCUACGGUCCCAGCUUAUGCGACGCUGCGUCUGUCCAAGCAUCUCAACACGCAAAUCGAUCGCUGGCGCAAUAAGUUGAGCGCAGAUCAGAGAAAACUUGAAGUUGGUGCAAUCGUCCUCGCUCAAGACAAGGAUAAGAAGUGGCGCGUUGGUGAAGUGAAGAGCAUCAAAGAUGAGACUGUAGUCGUCAUCUUCCUGUACAAGGGCAUCUGGAAAAGCCCAUCAGUGCUAAAGGCCGACCUCAAGCUUCUCACUCCCGGCAGCGCAUUGCUACUCGAUGCGCAUGGCAAUCCGCUCUAUCCAACAGAAGCGACCGCUACAAGACCGCCAACCCCUGUGAUCGACAACUCGAGGCACGUCGCCGCAAGUAGCGUGUCCAUUGACGCUCGGACGUCCACAGGGGAGGCUGCAGCAAGCAGCCACACUCUUGGACAAGCGGAGGUACAAUCAAGUCGAUCUUUGACGGCCGAUCCACGUCUUGGCGAUGGUCUCGAACACGCAGCGAAGCGUCAGAAGACGGCUGAAGGACACAAAUCUGGUCUGUCCGACAAUGCUGGCGGCGCCGGCGGCUCGACGGGUGCUGCUGCAGCGAGCGAUGAUGGAGAGCCCCUACCGUCAAAAGACAGUCCCGCAGAUAUCACUGUCGAGGUUUCCUACUCGGCAACAGCUUUCCAGGCUUCAUCUCCUUCAGAUCAGACGGCUGAGAUCGUCGCGCCGGGUCGCGUCGUCGUCCUCAAGCUUGACAACCCUAUGUUGCGAGAAUCCAAAGAUGAUUCGAUGGUCCCCCCUCGACAUCCGAAUUCGAACGCUCAGAAGGUGGUGAGACUCAAGGUGGAUACGAGCAAGCUUCCUGUCAGAAAUCCCCCCAAAUCCCUCCCGGCUCGCGUUGUUGAUCAGCGUUCAUCAGCAGAGCUCGAGGAAGAGGAUGUCAACUCUGGACUACUCCCUGAGACGCUGAACAUUCAACGACAUGCUCGGCAAGCUGAGUGUAGCUUUACCGCGAUGGGUAUUCACUACUUGUCUAUGAUACACAACGGCACCCCUGCUCGUUAUCAGAGUUUGUUUCCUCGUACAAACAAGACGAUUGCGAAGAAGCUUGGGGGACCGCCGAAACUGAACUGCUGA